AUGUCGCGAGUUUGCUGUGUUAAAAAGUGCUCUACCGGCGUAACCGAAACAAUAGUGGAUCGAGCGCUUUUUGAAUCACCGAAAAAGAAGAUUCGUUGGGAUUUCGUCGACACUAUACUGUGUCGUAUAUUUUAUCAAAUUGGACUAUGGGUCGGUAAACGACCCGGAUAUUUCAUCAUAGUCCCAGCAUUGUUGGCUUUAACAUGCAUGACGGGCUAUCAAAAAUUAGUAUACGAAAAUGAUCCCGAGUAUUUAUUUUCUCCGAUUGAUGGGCCAAGUAAAUACGAGCGAGCUGUUGUGGAGGAACAUUUUAGAAUGAAUUACAGCAGCUACUUCAGUAUUGAACGAAUCACACGACCUGGAAGAUUCGGACACAUCAUUAUUGUAUCAAAAGAUCAAGAUGAAAAUAUUUUAAGGGGUGAAGCAUUUAGAGAAUUAAAAAUCCUUGAUGACAUGAUUACAAAUGCAACAUUGGAAUAUGAUAGUCAAUCAUUUACAUUCAAAGAUAUUUGUGCUCGUUGGGAAAAUGAAUGUUCAUCAAAUAAAAUUCUUGACCUUGAUGAAAUUUUAAACAAACCAGAUAUAUACGGUAUAGAGUCAAUAAACUUUCCAGUAAUGUUUAGUCCAAUUGACUUUAAGCCAAUAAUAUUUCCAGUUCAUUUUGGUGGUACUAAGGUAUAUGAAAAUUCAACAAUUGAAUCAGUACCAGCUGUUCAACUUGCUUAUUUUAUUGCUGUUGAUACCGAACGUCAAAAAACAUUGGGUUCAAUUUGGGAAGAUAAAUUUCUUGAAUUAAUAUCUAAAGUUGAAAAAGAUAAUACUUUCAAACACAUAAGUAUUGCCCGAUAUGCAUCAAAAUCACUUGAACUUGAACUUGAAAAAAAUACACAAACAAUUAAACCAUUUUAUGUUACUACAUUUUUAUUAAUGGGAGUAUUUUCAGUAAUCACAUGUAUGAUGACUGAUUCAGUUGAAAGUAAACCAUAUCUUGGUCUUAUUGGUAAUAUAUCUGCUUCAACAGCAACAGUAUCAGCAUUCGGACUUUGUAUGUAUUGUGGAGUCAAAUUUAUUGGACUCAAUUUGGCUGCACCUUUUCUCAUGAUAAGUAUUGGAAUUGAUGAUACCUUUGUCAUGCUGGCUGCUUGGCGUAAGACAAAUGUGAUGAAUCCAGUACCAAUAAGAAUGGCUGAAACUCUCAGAGAAGCUGCUGUGUCAAUAUCAAUAACAUCACUUACUGAUAUGAUAUCACUUUUUACUGGUAUAAUAUCACCUUUCCCAUCUGUACAAAUAUUCUGCAUAUACUCAGGUUUUGCAGUUGUGUUUACAUUUAUUUUUCACGUUACUUUCUUCAGUGGUUUUCUAGCACUCAGUGGAUAUUGUGAAGAAAAAAAUCUUCAUAGUAUCACUUUUUGCAAAGUUGAACCACUUUCCAAAUCAACUCAUCGAUCAUUUUUUUAUCGAUGGUUUUGUGCUGGUGGUACUGAUCGUGAAAACCCUGAAAAUCCAAUUGACAAUCCUGACAACACAUGCAUGAGUUGGUUCCGUGAUACUCUUGGAGAUUGCCUCAAUAAACCAUUAGUCAAAACGUUGGUAUUAGUUAUAUUUUCAUUAUAUUUAAGUGGUGCAAUUUAUGGAUUUGGACAACUCAAAGAAGGCCUUGAUCGUCGGAAGUUAUCAAAAGCUGAUUCAUAUACAAUUGAAUUUUAUGAUCGUGAAGACAAAUAUUUUCACGAGUAUCCUUACAGAAUACAGGUUGUAGUAUCUGGACAAUACGAUUACAGUGAUCCAGCAGUGCAGGACAAAGUAGAAAAUUUAUUGGUAAACUUAGAAAAUACACAAUGGAUUGCUCGUGAUCAAAUUUACAGCACUAGUUGGUUACGUUCAUUUACGAGUCAAGAUGGAUAUGUAGCAUAUGAUAAUGAAGAAGAUUUUAUAAAUGGUGUAAAAUCUCAUUAUAAUCAAACAGUUAUUGAUCAUCCAUUCUCAUUAGAUAUACAUUAUGAUGAAAGUGGUAAACAUAUUAUUGGUUCAAGAUAUUUAAUCCAAGCAAGAAAUGUAACUGGAACUCUUCAACAAACAGCAAUGCUCAAUGAAUUACGUCAAAUAUGUAAAAAUUCUGGAUUGAAUGCAACUGUAUUUCAUCCUUAUUUUAUAUUUGUUGAUCAAUUUGAUUUGGUAUUACCAACAAGCUAUCAAAAUAUGAUUUGGGGCGCAAUAACAAUGAUGGGUGUAUCAUUUUUCUUUAUACCAAAUUUAUUGUGCAGUUUUUGGAUAGCAUUUUGUAUCAUAUCAAUUGAACUUGGUGUUGUUGGUUAUAUGGCAUUAUGGAAUGUUAACUUAGAUAGUAUAUCAAUGAUUAAUUUAGUAAUGUGUCUCGGUUUUAGUGUUGAUUUUACAGCUCAUAUAUGUUAUGCAUAUAUGAGUUGUAAAAAAAAAAGACCAGAUGAAAAACUAAAAGAAGCAUUAUACAGUCUUGGUUUACCAAUUGUACAAGGGGCAUUAUCAACAAUUUUUGGUCUUUUAGCUCUGUUACUUGCUGGUACAUAUAUAUUUCUUGUUUUCUUUAAAAUGGUAUUCCUUGUUAUUGCUAUUGGUGCAAUACAUGGAUUAAUAAUAUUACCAGUAUUAUUAACAAUAUUUGGACCAGGUUCAUAUACAAAUCACAAUAAAGUUGAAGAAAAAAAAGCUAGAAAAGAUAUUGAAGAUAAUAUAUAUUGUGAUUAUGUUCAUAAAUUACCAAAAUAUGAAAUACCACAUCCAAAAUUAUUGAGUUAUCAAAAUUUUGAAUUACAAGAAAGUCCAAUGCCAAGUAUACAAGGUUUUGAUGAUAGUGAUUAUAGUAUUGGUACAGAUGAAAAUUCAUCUGAAAAUGGUUCACCUGGAAAUAGCACAAGAAUGAAUCAAAUUGAAAAUGAAAAAAAUAGUAAAAAUUAUGAUGGAUGGAGUGAACCAAUAUCUGUUAUUCCACUUUCAGAAUUUUCCGUUCGUGAAAUACAACUUCCAGAUUAUCCAGUGACAGGGCUUAACAAUCAAACAAGAGCAUUAAGAAGUUCACAACAAUUAGGAUAUCAUUAUUAG